AUGAGAGCGACUUUAGAAUCCCUUCCCGUCGACGUGAAACUCUUAAUCCUUCUAAACAUCCCGGAUUAUUUAUCCCUCCAGGCCUUAACUUCAGUUUCCAAUGGCUUCGCAACAACAUACAAACACUACGAAUCCCUAGUCUCCACAGAACCUCUAUACGCCGACGCAACAAUCUACGAAAAGGAAUCCUUCUUCCUUGCCUGCUAUUCCGAACUUCUAAACCGUCCGGCAGGAAGCAACCCCAUAAAAUGGCAAAAAUUCCGAAAAAUCGUCAGUUCCUACGUCGACGCCGAAAAAACCUUUUGGUAUUCGGAUUACAUAUACAGAACCUACCGACAAGAGUUUCUCGACCGAGGGGAGGAAACCAAAAAACGAUUGGUGGAGAACCAUAAAGCAAUUUUACAACAUUGCGAAUAUUUUAUAAAAACGGAGAGAUAUCCUAGGUUAUUCAGAGAUAGAGAUGCAACUACAGACCGAAAGUUCGAUAGGUGCAAAGGAGAAAGAUCCGUUACAUUAGAAGAAAGGAGUCGUAUUGUGCGCGCAUUUUACAGACUUUGGGUAUUGAUUGUUAUAUACACUUCUGAAACCGAUGGAGGGUUCGGCGAUACCCCGUGGUAUACCUACGACGACAGUUUACAUGCGCUAUUAGCGCAUUGGGGGUUUUGGAGGGUGAAGCAUAUCCAGAUAGUCGCUAUGCAUCUACGAGAGCAGAUGAGGCCUAUCUUUAAACAGUUUCAAUCAGAUAACAAAGAAUUACUCGAAAAAUUCUCGGGUAAUUAUCUUUGGGAGGGACGAUCGUAUCCAGAUGGGAGACCAUAUGGAACUGACGAGGUUCGAAAAGCUGAAUACUUCUACCAAAAAUUCCACUUCUCCGCCUUCCUCCUCAACUCCUUCCCCCGCUCUUCCCUCCCCUUUCUACAACCCCACACCCCCACUACCCUCUCCACAAUCUUCACCCCUCUCUCAUCACUCGUCUGCGACGCCACAGAAUCAGUAACCCGCAGAAAUACAACCGAAAACACCAAUCGCCUCUACAACUGUCUCUUCUUCGCAGACCGAGUCUUCGAUGAAUUCCGGCUAACAGCAAUAAACACCCUCUCCAACAUCUCAAAAAUAAAGAGAGAAGACACAUAUCUAGUUUCAAACUCAUUCUCCGACCCAGCAACGCCCAGCUCCAGAAAACGAGUUUGUAGACCCCAAAGACAUGGCGCUUACCAUAAAUACUAUAUAAAACGAGGGCCAGAGGCCGCAUUAAUCGCUUGGCAAGGGUUGGAGUUAAGUAAUCCCAACUCCGAGGACUCCGAUUAUUAUGCAGCGGUCUGGGAUGAUUCGCGAUUGAAAGAAUGGGGGUAUGGGCUUCCGGUUUUUGAAAGGCGCCCGUGGGAUAUACGGCGCAUGACCGAUAGGAUGGUUCAGAAAUUUGAUGCAAUGACUACAAUGGAUGAGAGUAUACCACGGUCCCCACUGCCGGGGAAGGAGACGUUCAGUAUCCCCCAAACCCGUUAUCGGUGGAGAUCCUGA